GCACCAGGAAGCGGCCGUGGACCGGGUUAGCAGCCUCCGCUGCUGCUGCAGCCCGGCGUUCACCCGGCCUGAUUCCCAGCCCUGCGCCGCUGGCGCGGCCGCACGCUGGCGACCUUCCCCGGGGUCCCCGCCAUGGGCGGGGAGGACUACUACCUGGAGCUGUGCGAGCGGCCGGUGCAGUUCGAGAAGGCCAACCCGGUCAACUGUGUCUUCUUCGAUGAGGCCAACAAGCAGGUUUUUGCUGUUAGGUCUGGCGGAGCUACUGGAGUGGUGGUUAAAGGCCCCGACGAUAGGCAUCCCAUCUCAUUUAGAAUGGAUGAUAAAGGAGAAGUGAAGUGCAUUAAGUUUUCCUUAGAAAAUAAGAUACUGGCUGUCCAGAGGACCGCGAAGACUGUGGACUUCUGUAAUUUUAUCCCUGAUAACUCUCAGCUGGAAUACACACAAGAGUGCAAGACCAAGAAUGCCAACAUACUAGGAUUCUGCUGGACCAGUUCCACUGAAAUCGUCUUCAUAACAGACCAAGGAAUUGAAUUUUACCAGGUAUUGCCUGAGAAACGGAGUCUGAAACUCUUGAAGAGCCACAACAUCAAUGUGAACUGGUACACUUACUGUCCUGAGAGUACGGUGAUUCUGCUGUCCACCACCGUGCUCGAGAAUGUUCUUCAGCCUUUUUAUUUUAGGGCUGGCACCAUGUCGAAACUGCCCAAGUUUGAGAUUGAAUUACCAGCUGCACCGAAGUCAACUAAGUCUGGCCUUUCAGAGCGGGAUGUUGCCAUGGCCACCAUAUAUGGGCAGCUUUACGUUCUCUUCCUGCGGCAUCAUUCCCGGACCUCCAACAGUACAGGAGCGGAAGUGGUCUUGUAUCAUCUACCACGAGAGGGUGCGUGUAAGAAGAUGCACAUAUUGAAGUUAAAUAGGACGGGAAAGUUUGCCCUCAAUGUGGUGGACAACCUGGUAGUUGUCCACCAUCAGGACACAGAGACAUCGGUAAUAUUUGACAUCAAGUUGCGGGGAGAGUUUGAUGGCAGCAUUACCUUCCAUCACCCUGUGCUUCCAGCUCGAUCAAUUCAGCCCUAUCAGAUCCCCAUGGCAGGUCCUGCUGCUGUGACAAGCCAGUCUCCUGUUCCGUGUAAACUCUAUUCUUCAUCUUGGAUUGUCUUUCAACCUGACAUCAUUAUCAGUGCAAGCCAAGGUUACCUCUGGAACCUCCAGGUGAAACUUCAGCCCAUAGUAAAUCUUUUGCCGGAUAAAGGAAAGUUGAUGGACUUCCUCCUCCAGAGGAAGGAGUGCAAGAUGGUCAUUCUGUCUGUGUGUUCACAGAUGCUGAGUGAGUCAGACAGAGCCACGCUGCCUGUGAUAGCCACUGUUUUUGAUAAACUCAACCACGAAUAUAAAAAGUACUUGGACGCUGAGCAAAGUUACACAAUGGCAAUAGAAGCAGGGCAAAGCCGGAGCAAUCCACCUCUCAGAAGGCCGGUGCGGACACAGGCUGUGGUGGAUCAGUCAGACGUGUACACCCAUGUGCUGUCGCCAUUCGUGGAAAACAAGGAGAUGCCGCAUAAGUUUGUGAUAGCUGUGCUAAUGGAAUAUAUUCGCUCUCUGAACCAAUUUCAGAUUUCAGUGCAGCAUUACUUACAUGAACUUGUCAUCAAAACGCUUGUCCAGCACAAUCUGUUUUACAUGCUCCACCAGUUUCUGCAGUACCAUGUGCUCAGUGACUCCAAGCCUCUGGCUUGCCUGUUGCUGUCCUUAGAAAGCGUCUAUCCUCCAGCCCACCAGUUAUCUCUGGACAUGCUGAAGCGACUCUCAACAGCCAAUGAUGAGAUCGUAGAAGUUCUUCUGUCCAAACACCAGGUGUUGGCGGCCCUAAGGUUCAUCCGGGGCAUUGGUGGCCAUGACAACAUCUCUGCCCGGAAAUUCCUAGAUGCUGCCAAGCAGACAGAAGACCACAUGCUCUUCUAUACCAUAUUCCGUUUUUUUGAGCAGCGAAACCAGCGUUUGCGGGGGAGCCCAUAUUUCACACCCGGAGAACACUGUGAAGAACAUGUUGCUUUUUUCAAACAGAUUUUUGGAGACCAAGCUCUAAUGAGACCUACAACAUUCUGAAAUCCCUUGCUAGUUUUUUUAAAAUAUAAAAAUGUAUAUAAAGUUAAUUUAUUGCAUUAAUAAAGCUCUUUAAACUACAAAAUGUUGUAAAAUAAAGUACCUACAACACCCU